AUGCAGAGCUUCCUGAGGCUGCUGAAGGAGAGUGAGGGCGCUGGGCCACCCUUGGCAGAGCUGGUGACUCUUGCAGGCAGGCUGUGCCGGGACCUCCAGGAUGACCCAGCCCAGGUGCAGCCCUUGGUCACCGCCGUGUUGGACAGUCCUCUCCGCCUGCACCUCCUGGACAACGCGGAUGUGGCCCUUGUGUGUGCCCGGGUGCUGGCCCGGCAGGAGCAGCUUCAGGCUGCCUGCCGGGUCCUGGAGGGUUGCCAGGUGCCUGGAGGCAGCCAGGAGCUGGUACAGCUCUGGAACGACAUUCACUACCGCCUGGUCAUGAAGCGGCUGGGCGUGGCCGUGCUAACCCCCGUGCAGAAGUUCCGCUGCAGAAAGAGGAACCCACCACCCGCCUCCCUCUGCCCGGACGGCCUGAAGAGUCGGAACUUUCCCAGAGAGGUUCGCCAGAAGCUGCACGACUUUGCCUCUGGCGUGAGCACCAACCCCAGCAAGGCCGAGAGGGAGAACCUGGCCCUGGACACGAACCUGACUGUUGAGCAAGUGUACAACUGGUUCGCCAAUUACCGGCGGCGCCAAAGGGCCCUUCUUCAGCGCCUGCAGUCAGCCCCGGAGGACACAGUGGAGGAGCCCAGUGUGAGGGAAAGGUCUCCGGACCCCCCGCAGCCCUCAGGCCACCCCCGCCGUGGCCCUGGGGGUGUGGACAGGCCUCAGUGGCCAGCAGGACAGGAGGAAAAUGGGCCUGCACAGUCCAGGGAGACCACUCAAGGGCCAUGGGAGUCACCGGCCCUGGCCCCAGACUUUUCUGGAGAUGAGACUCUGCCGAAGCCACUGCCUCCCAGUGGCAACCCCCCGAGCAUGUACCUGGAGGAAGGUCCAGGCACCAGCGGUGGCCAGGCAGAACAACAGGCGGGCGGCUUCCUGGUGACACAGCCUCCCGAAUUCCUCCUAACCCAGAGUCCCCUGGAGUUGGCACCGGGCCCCUCCUUCUCCAGCCCUGUUUCUGCUGUGGACCUGAGCCAGCCCUUGCCCUCCAGCCAGGUGCAGUGGCCCGAUGGCCAGGCCUCCAGUGACGCCUUCUGGGGAGCCAGGAUGCUUCUUGAGCUUUCAGGGGGCAGCCUGGGUUGA